AUGAAUUCAAGCUUGCUUUCGUUUGAAAUAGGUGAAAAUACACUAUUAGAAAUUGAAAAUCAAGAAAAUGCAGCAACCAAUAACAAGCAAAUUGAAAAUUCAAUAAUUGAAGAAUCACCAAAUCGAGAAAUUAAUUAUAUUCACUCAUUCCAUCAAAGGACACUCAAUAAUCGCAUGAAAUUAGCAACACAAAAGCAAAAUGAGAUACGUAAGCUUGCAAAAACAAAGAGUGAGUCGGCAGUUCAGUCAAGAAAGGAUUUUGAAAUCUCAUCUGUAAGUAGAUACAUUCAAUCAGAAAGUUUCGAUGAUAUGGACUUUUCAGCAUGGGAAAAGUCUAUGGAGAAGCUAUAUUCACCAGCGGUUCAACGAAGUAGCAGGCGAUUAGACAUUAGUAAGUUCGAGACAUCAAAUGCACUUCCAGCAGUAGAUGAAGCAUUUGAUGAGAAAUAUGAUAUCGACAAUGUCACAUUUAUCAUGCCUGAACAUAAAGAUCUUGAUGUCUUUAAAGUUGCAACUCAAUACAUUGAUGAUGAAUUAUCACAAAAGAAGAUACUGGCAUUCGACAAUGAAUCUGUCAUGGCCAACAACUCACGAGCAGUGACUUUAUCACAAAAUAUCGAUGUCAAUCGGUCAUUAAUGAUCGACAGCAGUAAAGAUCUUCAUCUGAUGAGUAGUUGGAAUUUACCAUUAAGUGUUGUUAAUGAAUAUCGACGUAAAGGUGUUGAGAAGAUGUUUGAUUGGCAAUGUGAAUGUCUCCAAAAUCCAAAAGUCCUGUUUGAAGGCAACAAUUUAGUCUAUUCAGCACCAACGUCUGCAGGCAAGACAUUAGUAAGUGAAAUUUUAAUGAUUAAGAAUAUAUUCGAAAGAAGGAAGAAGGCCCUAUUCAUUCUGCCAUUUGUUUCUGUUGUCCGCGAGAAGAUUUACUUCCUUCAAGAUCUUUUGUCAUCCAGUGGAAUUCGUGUUGAUGGGUAUUUUAGUGGAUACCAGCCAGGAUUUGAUGCUCUUAAUCUGAUUAUUUGUACAAUAGAAAAAGCCAAUAGUAUAAUUAAUAAGCUUCUGGAACAGAAUAAAUUAGAGGAACUAGGCAUGAUCGUUAUAGACGAGAUUCAUUUAAUUUCUGAUCCUUCUCGUGGCUACAUUCUUGAAUUAUUACUCACUAAAGUCCUCUUUAUGUGCAAAAAAUUUAAUUAUAAUAUUCAGCUAGUCACAUUGUCAGCAACACUACCAAAUGUGGAUCUACUCUGUAAAUGGCUUAAUGCUGAAUUUUAUACAACAGAUUUUCGUCCGAUUGAGCUUAAGGAAAUGAUUAAAAUUGGUAAAAGUAUUUAUGAUAAAGAUAUGCAGCCUAUUAGAGAAUUAUCGUGUAAAUGGACUGAAUACUUCAUGAAUGAUUCUGAUGAUGUCUGUGAACUAGCUAUGGAGACAAUCCUUGAAAAAUGUCAAUUGAUCAUAUUCUGUUCAUCUAAAGAUGCAUGCGAACAGCUCAGUACAAAUUUAGCUCGAGGAAUCUAUAAAAUGCUGAAAGAGGAAUCAAAUGAGAUACAAAAGUUUAUGAACAAGGAACGACUUGAAAUGCUCUUAGAACAAGGAAAAUCACUAGCUACUGGAAUUGAUCAAAUCCUUGAAAGAUGUAUAAAAUACGGCUGUGCAUUUCAUCAUGCUGGACUAACAACAGACGAGAGAGAUUUGAUUGAAAUGGGAUUUAAGGAAGGAAUUAUUAAAGUUUUAGUAGCUACAAGCACAUUGUCAAGUGGCGUUAAUCUUCCAGCUAGGCGUGUCAUCAUUCGAUCUCCAAAAUUUGGACCUAAAAUGAUGGAUAACAUAACUUAUAGACAGAUGAUUGGAAGAGCUGGUCGAAAAGGAAAAGACAUCCUCGGAGAGUCAAUCUUAAUCUGCAACAAUACAAACUCCAAAAUGGGACAGGAAUUACUCUCAAUUCCUCUAAAACCAAUAACGUCGUGCCUGAAUAUUGAUGAUUACUCUCAUUUUAAGCGAGCUCUUCUGGAAAUUAUAGCUGCAAAUGUCGCAAACACAAAAGAGGAACUAAAAGUUUUUAUAAAUCAAACGCUGUAUUGUCAAGAGCACAAUAUUGACUUUGACUUUUUUCAAAAUACAACAAAUAGUGAUUUGAAGGCAUUUGUUGAAGGAAAGUCGCAGAAGAAAGUCAAUGAUCUGAAUAUUAAGGAUAAUAAGACCACUAAUGAUGAUCCUAUUAAAAACUCCAUGAGCUUCCUUUUGGAAUAUGAUUUUAUUCGACUUCACAGUGAUGAUGAAAAUGAUGAAAUUAAAUUUGUGCCUACCCGGUUGGGAGUUGCUUGCUUAUCAUCAGCCAUGCCACCGAAAGACGGAUUCAUGCUUCUCUCAGAACUGCAAAAAGCUAGACAGAAUUUCGUUCUAGAAUGUGAUCUCCAUGCUAUAUACUUAGUCACGCCGUUUUCAGUUGCUUAUCAAUUGCAACAAAUCGAUUGGACUUACUUUGUUGAGCUUUAUGAUAAAUUACCAGAAAUGAUGAAGAGAGUCGGUAAAUUAGUUGGGAUUUCUGAAACUUUUCUCAUUAAAGCUAUCACGGGAAGACAGAAUAGUGAUUGGCAUUCUCAGCAGAUUCAUAAAAGAUUUUACACAGCACUAGCACUCCAAGAGCUUGUAAACGAAGAACCAAUUGCGGAUGUCGCUGCAAAAUAUAAAAUUCCAAGAGGUUUGCUUCAAAGUCUACAACAAAGUGCAUCAGCAUUUGCGGCUAUUCUCACAACUUUCUGUCAAUCUCUUCAAUGGAACCUACUAGUUCUUAUUUUACAACAAUUUCGAGAGCGUUUGUUUUUUGGAAUUCAUCCAGACUUGAUUGAUUUAAUGAAAUUGCCAAGCAUAAGCAGCACACGAGUGGCUAGAACUUUAUAUAACAAUGGUAUCCAAAGCAUGACAAUCUUAGCGAAUAGCACAAAAUUACAAAUUGAGGAUAUUUUAAUAAAUUCUAAGGAAAUCACAGGAAAAUUCUUUGUUAGUGGAAAGGCGUUAGACAUGUCUGUGCAGGAAAUAGCUAAGCUUCUUAUCCAAGAUGCUCAAACGUUCUUAAAGAAUGAACUAGGUUUAAAAGAUAUCAAAUGGGAUACAGAUAAGAUCGAGGAAGUUAUUGAAAGUGAUAAGGAAGAACUAGAAAAAUCUCCGGCAUCAAUAUCAACAAAAAGAAAGCGCAAGGAUGAUUCAUACUUACCAAUAGACAGUUCAAUCAAUGAAAGCUAUAAGCGUGACACCCCAAAGACCAAAAAAGUCAACAUGAAUGCAAGUAUUGAUUAUAAAAAGAAGCUUAGAAGUUCAAUUAAUAAGCAUGUAGAUGAGACAACAGAUGACAAGUCAAAUGAAAAUUCUUCAUUGUUUAAAAACUCAGGAAUUAGUGUAUCACUAUUAAAUGUGUCGGAACCUGAUCAGCUGACUAAUCACAUUAAGAUUGUCGAUGCUUUAAGCGACAAAAAAGCUUUUGAAAGAUUUACAAAGGAAAUUUCCAAAAAUCAGCACUUUGAAGUGUCAAUGUCUGUUGGAAUUGAAAGGAUCCAUGUCAAGGCACUGACAAUUGGUGGGAAUUUACUGAAAAAUUGUGAAAAUGAGAAAUUUAAUUUUAAAUUUAGUGAUAAUUUGUGUAUUUCAUGCAUUUGCAUGAGCUUUUAUGAUUCAAAUCAAGUAUAUUACUUGGACCUGCAAAAAGGAAUUAAGGAAUUAAUUACUAAUUCGAAAUUUUUACUUAAAAAGCUGCUUUUGAGCAGUGACGUCACUUUGAAUGUCUAUGACACAAGAGAACAUUUAAAGAUUUUGGAACUAGCUGAAAUUCAGGAUUUAAGCAAUAUUAAUGCAAAGAUUUUUGAUCCUCGAUUAUGUUCGUGGAUAAUGGAUCCUGAUAACAUUCUAUCCUGGCAAGAAGCAGUGACAAAAUUUACACCAGACAGCAAUAAAAUCUUAGAAUUUGGAAUCAAGUACAAAACGAGCAGCAGUUUGGGAUUGAACCUUAAAAAUUCUGUAGAACCGAAAAUUCGAUCAUCUGUCGAAUGCUAUUUAACGAAUAAAAUCAAAAAGAGUCAAAUUCAGUCAAUUGCAAGCACACCAAAGUUACUUAAAGUUCUUGAGAACCUGGAAAUGCCAAUUCAGAAAGCUUUGGCUAAAAUGGAACAAAAUGGAUUUCCAAUUAAUAAGGAUAAGCUUUACGAAUCAAUUGAACGGGCCGCAAAGCUUCUACGACAGCUAGAAAGCUUUAUAUUCAGGCUUAAUGGCAGAAAAUUCGAUUUAACAAGUUCAAAGGAAGUCGCAAAAGUCGUCGGGAUCCAUAAAAAUAAAGAAAAGAAAAAAAUAUCGACAGCUAAGACUGUGCUUACUAAAAUAGACCUUCCAAUUGCAGACUGUAUAGUCCAAUAUCGAACAUUAUCAACAACUAUAUCCAAUAUUCAGCCAAUGACGAAGCUUGUUAAGAAUGAUCGAAUUUAUGGAAGCAGCUUUAGUCUCACACAAACUGGAAGAAUAUCAAUGCACGAGCCUAAUUUACAAAAUGUCACGAAAGAUUUUCAUGUUGAGUUUAAAGAUGAAACGAACAGAACAAUAAAUGAACUCGUCUCAUUUCGCAGUGUCUUUCAGUGUCAAAAAGGUAAAAUGUUACUUUCGGCUGAUUUUUGUCAACUGGAACUAAGAAUUUUGACACAUUUAUGCAAGGAUCCAAAAAUGCUUGAGAUCAUGAAGCAUGCAAAAGAGGAUAUAUUCAGGAAAAUAGCAUCCAAAUGGAAUAACGUCGAUGAAGAAAAAGUUACAGAUGAGCAAAGGAAUCAGACUAAGCAAUUGUGUUACGGAUUAAUUUAUGGCAUGGGAAAUAAAGCUUUAGCUGAGAAGAUGAAUGUGGAUGAAGAAACAUCCGCAAAAUUAAUUGAAGACUUUCAUCGGGCAUAUCCAUAUGUACGAAAAUAUACAGAACAAGUUGUCAGGAAGACUAAGGAACUUGGGUACAUAGAAACGGUGACUUGUCGCAGACGGUACUUGCCAUUCAUUAAUUCUGAUGAUUCUUCUGAAAGAAGCAAAGCAGAGCGUCAAGCACUUAACUCAACAAUUCAAGGAUCAGCAAGUGAUUUGGUCAAAAAUGCAAUUUUGAGGAUGGAAAAGAACAUAAAGAAAAUGAAAUACGAGGAUCACUGUAAAUUGGUGCUACAUUUGCAUGAUGAACUAUUCUAUGAAGUUACUGACGGCUAUUGGAAGGAUAUUGCAAAGAUUUUGUCCAAAAGCAUGGAAAACUGUGUGAGUUUGAAUGUUCCUUUACUAGUUAAAGUCAAAUUAGGCACAAACUGGGGAGAAUUGAAAGAAUUUGGCAACGUGUGA